GUCCGAGUCGGCGGCGUAGGUAGAAGCCGCUGUGCGGGAGCCAUCAUGGCGGAUCAGGCAGCGCAGCUGCGGGCCGACGGGAUCGCGAAGCGGCUGGUGCAGGAGGGCCGGGGUCCAAUGCCCGACUACUGCGACGGCACCAAGGCCACUUUCCACUACCGUACCAUGCUGUCCGACGGGGAGCACCGCGUGCUGGACGACAGCCGUGCCCGCGGGAAGCCCAUGGAGCUCAUUAUUGGCAAGAAAUUCAAGCUGCCAGUGUGGGAGACCAUCCUGAGCACCAUGCGGGACGGGGAGCAGGCUGAGUUCCUGUGUGACACCAAGCACGUGGUGCUGUACCCGCUGGUGGCGAAGAGCCUGCGGAACAUCGCGGCGGGGAAGGACCCCCUGGAGGGACAGCGGCACUGCUGUGGCAUCGCCCAGAUGCAUGAGCACCACUCUCUGGGCUACCCCGACCUGGAUGACCUGCAGCAGAACCCCCAGCCCCUGAUCUUUGCCAUCGACAUGCUGAAGGUGGAGGCUCCCGGCUCGUACCGGCAGGACCCGUGGGCCAUGACGGACGAGGAGAAGAUGCAGGCUGUUCCGCUGAUCCACGAGGAGGGCAACGAGCUCUAUCGCCAGGGCAAGGUGACCGAGGCAGCCGCCAAGUACUACGAUGCCAUCGCCUGCCUGAAGAACCUGCAGAUGAAGGAGCAGCCGGGCUCCCCAGACUGGAUCCAGCUGGACCAGAAGAUCACCCCCUUGCUGCUGAACUACUGCCAGUGCAAGCUGCUGUGCCACGAAUACUACGAGGUGCUGGACCACUGCUCCUCCAUCCUCAAUAAGUAUGAAGACAACGUCAAGGCCUAUUUCAAGCGGGGGAAGGCGCAUGCCGCCGUGUGGAAUACGGCUGAGGCCCAGGCCGACUUCGCCAAGGUGCUGGCACUGGACCCGUCGCUGGGCCCUGUGGUGGCCAAGGAGCUGCGCAGCCUGGAGACGCGCCUGCGCCAGAAGGACAAUGAGGACAAGAUCCGCUUCAAGGGCAUCUUCUCCCAGUAGCGGCUGUGCCAGGCCCGGGGAGCAGCAGGGUGCUGCCAGAGGGGGCUGUGCCGACCGCCCCAGGGCCUGGGCUGGAGUGAGCUGGCAGCAUCCGUCUGUCUGUCCGUCUGUGUUUGGCGCCCCCGUGCUCCUCGUCCUCGCUUCCCAUGCUCUGUAGCCAAUAAACUGAUAUUUAUCCAUGG